AUGGUCAACUGGAGAGCAGCCGACGCAAAGGACCGCCUCUUCGCAUCUCUCCUCGCCAGCCACCCGACUCUUAAGCUCGAUUACCACACCAUGACAGCCAUAUAUGGCGAAGGAGCUACGUACGACGCCGUUGAGAAACAGUUCCGCCGCUACAGAAAGAUGGCCAACGACCUCCGCACAGGAGCCCAAGCCCGCGGAGUAAACAUCGAUGGCCCCGUCCCACGCACGCCCCGUGGUUCGCGAAAUAGAGCUUCAGGCCUAGCUUCUGCGUCUGCGUCUAAAUCCAAGUCCAACUCCUCCGCCGCGAAGAACAAGAAAGGCAUCGAAGACAGCACCGUCCCCGAAACGCCCACCAAAGCCAACAGCAGACUGGGUAACACGAUGGGCUCGGCUGCAGACGUGAUCUGCCUGGAUGACUCUGCUUCCCCGGAGGUCAAGACCAAGAAAGAGGUAGAAGAGGCGGAGAGUCUGUUCGUGAAGAUGGAGAAUGUCAACCCGGAACACACUGCAACCCGCUCUCCUUCUUUACCUGUUCUGUCGCGGGUUACGCCUCCUCCUGUCAAGCCCAAGAGUCUCAUUAUCGGAAGCGUGACUCCUCUGAAGCGAUCUGUUGAGGGUAUUGAGGAGAGUCCCACGCCGCGGGUGAAAGCGGAGGGUCGCCGUGAGAUGACCAAACCGUUCGCGUUCGGCAUUGGAGAUUCAUUUACGAUGUCGGAUCCGUUCGUCAACGAGGAUUACUAUGAGGGAGCGGCUUGA